AUGACCACUCCGAUAGACGUUUCCAAGUACGAAGUGAUCACUGAAGGGUCUGCCUCCGUUCUUUAUCCGCCAAACCAGGUAUUCUAUAACCCGGUGCAGCAAUAUAACAGAGACUUGAGUUCUCUGGCUAUUCGUGCUUUUUCAGACAUCUAUCUUCAAGAGAAAGCUGCCAAGAAGCGGAAACACGAAGAAUCCGGCGAUGCUACAGAAUCACAAUCGUCUGAGCCCUACUUGCACAUUUUGGAAGCGCUUUCUGCGUCUGGUUUGAGAGCUAUUCGGUAUGCCAAGGAGAUUCCACUUGUAUCCAAAGUGAUAGCUAACGAUCUGUCGAAAGACGCAGUUGAUGCCAUCAACCAGAACAUCAAGUACAACGACAUAUCAUCCAAGGUUAAAUCCAAUAUCGGAGACGCUAUUGAGGUCAUGGCCACUUCCAAAGAUCAGUUCCAUGUGGUUGAUCUUGAUCCGUACGGAACAGCAGCUCCAUUCAUUGACUCGGCCCUGAAUUCCAUCAAGGACAACGGUCUCAUGCUUGUUACAUGUACGGAUCUUGGUGUUCUGGCCGGAGGAGGUUAUCCAGAGAAGUGUUUUGCUUUAUAUGGAGGAAGUCCUUUACAUGGCGACGCUACACACGAAUCUGCCUUGAGACUGGUUCUGCACAUGAUCUCCACGACAGCUGCCAAAUACAAGAAGUGGAUCGAGCCACAGUUGUGUCUUUCAAUUGACUUUUAUGUCAGGUUGUUCAUAAGAGUCAGAACGUCUCCAAUUAUGGUGAAGCAGCUGGCUUCAACCCAGAUGAUCUCCUACAAAUGUUCUGGAUGCUGGUCCAUAUUUAACCAGCCUCUCGGAAAAUGGACCGAGAAUCCAAACUCAACCAUCAAACACAACAGCAAGAAAUACGGUCUGAGCAAAGGACCACCUGUUGGACCCAACUGUCCGUUCUGCGGUUUUGCCAACCAUUUGUGUGGCCCUAUGUGGGGAGGUUCUCUUCACAACCCUGAAUUUAUCGACAAGGUCCUGGACUUGCAAGAAGACGCAGACGAGUCGAUUUUCAAGACUCUCCCAAGAAUCAAAGGUAUGCUCACCAUGGCAAAGAACGAACUUGUGGACUCGCCAUUCCACGUCAAGACGACCAGCAUCUCUGCCGUUCUGAAGGGUCCGUGUCCCUCCAUUGACACGUUCGCAGCAGCAUUAUCCAAUCUCGGAUAUCGCGUUUCUCUGUGCCACUCGUGUCCGGGGGCAGUCAAGACAGACGCUCCUUACGAGGUUGUCUGGUUUGUUGGAAAGCUAUGGGCCAAGAAAAAUGGAAUUACCCCAGAAAAGCUGAAUCAGAAUACUGCUGGAUACAAGAUCAUGACCGAUGACUCCAUUGGUCAGAAUAUCAACCUUUCAGAGCUCAACACGGAAAAGGAAACCGACGACAUUACUUGGUUAUUCAAAACCAACAAAGAGGCUCAAAAGUUGAAGCAGUUGAGAUCCAUUAAAAUCGUCAGAUACCAGGAAAAUCCAACAUCCAACUGGGGACCGAAAGCAAGACCGCAUUAA